UGCAUACAUUUGUACGACGGCGUUAUGUAACUACGCCGCCUCCAUCUAAACAGAAGUUAGUACACAUGCGAUACAUGUUAAACAAAUAUGCAUCACUUGAAGCGGGAUUGAGAAUACAGAAUUACGAGAUCCCGUAUGGAGGAUUCAGUCUGCACGAAAACCAUACUAAUACGCGGAAGUCAAUCUAG